UCUCUCUCGCUCUCUUCUGGUUUGUCUUUAGCGAGUCGAUCAUGUGACUGGAGAAACCGGAAGACUGUUUAGGAUUUUUUAAUCGUCUGUGUGGACCACUGCACUCUAACACAUGUAGAUUGGCCGAACGUGACUCUUUUCAGACUAAACAUGGCAUUGCUGCUGCUCUUUGGAUCACUGCUUUUACUCUCAAGAGCAGCACAAGGGUCCAAUACCUCCAUCCCGUUGGUCAUAUGGCAUGGAAUGGGAGAUAACUGCUGCAACCCUAUGAGCAUGGGAGGUAUAAAGAAAAUGGUGGAAGCGGAACUGCCUGGUAUAUACGUGCUCUCUCUCAUGAUUGGAAAGAAUAUAGCAGAGGACACAGAAAGUGGAUUUUUCAGGGAUGUUAAUGAUCAAGUGGCCUUUGCUUGUGAUAUAAUAGCAAAGGACCCUAAACUGAAGGCAGGAUACAAUGCCAUGGGCUUCUCUCAGGGUGCACAGUUUCUACGCGCUGUGGCACAGAGAUGCCCUAACCCUCCAAUGAAGACUCUCAUCUCAGUCGGUGGACAGCAUCAAGGAGUUUAUGGUUUGCCUCGAUGCCCUGGUGAGAGUUCUCAUAUUUGCGAUUGGAUCCGAAAGGCACUCAACUCUGGGGCCUACACCGAUGCAGUGCAGAAACACUUGGUGCAGGCGCAGUACUGGCACGAUCCACUCAACGAUGACCUGUACAAACAGCAUAGCCUCUUUCUUGCUGAUAUUAAUCAAGAGCGGGUGGUGAAUGAGACCUACAAGAAAAACCUCAUGACUUUGGAGAAGUUUGUAAUGGUUAAGUUUCUAAAAGACACCGUUGUGGACCCUGUGAUAUCCGAGUGGUUUGGCUUCUUCAAAACUGGUCAGGCUAAGGAGACUGAAACUUUGCAACAAAGUGCCUUAUAUACAGAGGAUCGCCUAGGACUGGCACAGAUGGACAAAGCUGGAAAGCUGGUGUUUCUUGGCACUGAUGGAGAUCAUUUACAGUUUACUCAAGAGUGGUUCAAUGCCAAGUUAAUCCCCUUUUUGCGGUAAUCCCCCAGCUGGCUGUGGUAAUACCAGAUCAAUAACAAGAAGACAUAGAACACCUGUGCUCACAUACCCUAAAGAUGAACUACUUAUCCAGAUCAAUCUAAUGACACAUUAUGUACUAACUAGAAAUCAGCUCAGUUUUACUGCACUGACGUUUUCCUUUGUUACACUGACCUGAGUUCAAUCAGAUUCACUUGAACCUCAACCUAAAUUCCUAACGCAUAAGAAAUAAAAAAAUACAGGUCUAGGAUCUAAAUUUGAGAUAAAAACCUGUAAAUAUUUGGACGUCUAAGCAAGAGCAGAUGAACCUGAUGUAACUGAACUCAAUCUGAAUCACAACAUAUCUACAAAGGUUUCUAUUCAUACUGUUUUUAUUUGCUGGCUUUUAUGUUUCUUGAUGUUUUAAGACCAAUAUUUUAGAAUUAAUUUUGGGUUACUUUUCAUUAAUCAAAUAUUUUCAAUGAAAAUCUUUAGCAAAUUCAAAUUAUGCAUCUCUUUAUCCGUCAAGCUUCAUGACCUGGGGUUCAGGUUCUAGUGUAUCUGAUUUACAGUACCGACUAAGUUUGCAUCGCUAUCAAGUUCUGUGAAUGUGUAUUUUGUCUCAAUAAAAAGUCUAAUUUUAAAAUUCUCAA